AUGAGGCGCAAGAGGAAAUAUGGGCAUGCAGGCCUGAAAGAACAGAUGCCAGCUUAUUUAGCAUUUCAAGGUUGGAGUUGUCUCUUGUGCAUCCAUGUUCUAACAAUAGAAUACAAGAACACACCAAGGAUCCAUCAAGCCCAACAGCCUGCAUCCAACAUGAUCAAUCAGACAUAUUUGCAAGAUGGAGUAAGUCAUAUUUUGUGUGUUUAAAACAUCAGGUAAUCACACACAUGAUAAGUAUGAUUAAGACUACAGUGCUGAAAAUAUGGCAAUGCCAGUGAAAUACAGUGGUACCUUGGUUCUCAAACAUAAUCCAUUCCGGAAGUCCAUUCGACUUCCGUAACGUUCGAAAACCAAGGCAGGGCUUCUGAUCGGUGCAGGCGCCCCAGAAACAAUAGCUAACAGCCGCAUCGGACGUUUGGCUUCUGAAAAACAUUCGAAAACCAGAACACUUCCGGGUUUUUGGCAUUUGGGAGUCAAAAUGUUCAAGUACCAAGGCGUUCGAGAACCAAGGUUGCACUGUACCAUAAAAGCAGUGUUGGGCUUCGGCAUGUCUACAUUAUGAAGCCGUUUCCAGAGGAGUAGCUGCAUUGGGCUACAAUCCUCAUCCCAAUUACCUGGGAGUAAACCCCACUGAACUCAAUGGGACUUAGGCAGAGUUAGAAAUGUUAGUCUUACAGCAAAAACAACAAAAAGUGUUGUGUGGAACUUUAUAGACUAACAAUUUUUACUAUGAAACAAGCUUUCACGGACUACAGUGUCUGCUUCACCAAAUGCAUGAGGUGUAAUCCUCAGUUGCAGGGAUGUAACAUAGUUGCAAGGGUGCAGGGAGUUCUUUGCAGUGAGGUUGGGGGGGGAAUGAAAAUGCAAAAAAAAUAGAUAGAGAUGGUUUAAUUAGGUAGAGAAUGUAUGCAAAAUAAGCACAGUACAGUGUUACCUCGGGUUACAUACGCUUCAGGUUACAGACUCCACUAACCCAGAAAUAGUACCUCGGGUUAAGAACUUUGCUUCAGGAUGAGAACAGAAAUCAUACUCCGGCGGCACGGCAGCAGCAGGAGGCCCCAUUAGCUAAAGUGGUGCUUCAGGUUAAGAACAGUUUCAGGUUAAGAACGGACCUCCGGAACGAAUUAAGUACUUAACACGAGGUACCACUGUAACUAUUUACAUCAGCGCAUUUUGGGAAAUGAGACAGUGCUGAGCUGACACAGAAUCUGCUGGAUCUCAUCUGGCCUUGAUGCUAUCUUGUGACAGGACUGAUGAUCCAGGUGGGCGGGGUAUAAAUGAUGAUGAGGAUGAGGAUGAUGCCUCUUUGUUGCAGCAGCCUGGGGAUUGGUGUAGUAAAAAGCUUUCUCCCAUAUUUUCUGCCCUGACUGGUGGGGCUAUGGAUGCUGUGAGGGGGCAAUGCUGUUCUGCCCCACUGCUGCUAACCAGGAGUUAUACUUGCAUCCUUGGAGUUUAACUUAUCCUUGGAGUUUAACUUAUGGAUGAAUUGCAAAUGUACAGUUUCAGGCUGGAGUCUCCCAGUGGCAUUCCUUUGUUCCUAUUUUCAGGUAGGUAGCCGUGUUGGUCUGACGCAGUCGAAAUAAAAAUAAAAUAAAAUUCAGAUACAUUACACUGAAACAGAAAUCACCAGACUGGGUGAUUGACUCAAUUGACUGUGUCAGACCAACCUACCUGAAUCUAUUUACCAUACCCAUUGAGUCCAUCACCCAUCUCCUACUACCCUUCUGAGGAAAACCCCACCCCACCCUCCCACUAUAUAUAAGGAUCUGGUGACUUCUGUUUCAGUGUAUCUGAAGAAGUGUGCAUGCACACGAAAGCUUAUACCCAGAACAAACUAAGUUGGUCUCUAAGGUGCUACUGGACAUUUUUUAAAUUUAUAUUUAUUUCGAUUUUGUUCCUAUUGCGAUUGUUGUUGCUGUUGUUGUUGUUGUUGUUAUUAUUAUUAUUACAGCGUGACCUGGCGGACUGAAAUGUUCCCCUACUGGCUUAGGGUUAUAUUGCCACUGAUUUCUCCUGCCAGGCUUGAGGCUCUAGCGAAACCCUCUCUCACCUGCCACACAACACAGCUGCCAUCCUGGGGCUCCUACACACGCUGUAUAUAGAGAGCCGGUGACUGUCCUACUUCCUCACCCGCUCUCUCGUAAAAGGAGGGAAGUGACCUGCGCAGCCUCAUCCGCAAGGGGCGCUAGAGCGCCCACACCAUCCCGCGAGCCCCACCCCUCCCUUUCCGUUCCGGCCGCGCAUCUCAGCCUUGGCUCCUCCCACCUCCGGCGCCACUUCUACGCCCCUCCCUUCUUGCGUGCUGACGUCUCCGGAGCUCGAGCGCCUGCUCGCUGCCCCUCGCGCGGAGGGAGGGGGGGCGGCGGCGGCGGCGCAGAGCAGUCUCUAAUCGCCAGGCAGAGAGAGAGAGAGAGAAAGGCAGACGACGGCCGGCAGGAGGAGGAGGCGGGAGCAGAGUGGCGACGGCAACGACGCUGCUCCUUCGGCUUCAACCGCCUGCGGAGGGAUCAGGCACAGCGGGAAGGCGACUCCCGUGAGGGAGGUGAGUGCGCGAGUGAACGCUGCCCUUCGGGGGAUGAUGGAGGAGUCGGCGCUGUGGUGGCGGAGGCGGCUCUAUUGUGUCCGGGGCCUUCUUCGCUCGCCCCCCCCCCGCGCCAAAUCCCCGCCUCUCCGCGGCCGCUUCGCUUCUUCCGGGCAGCGGCAGACCCGAACAAAGGCCCCGUGUCGUCGUCGUCGUUGUCCGCGCGCCCAGAGUGCACGAGCCGGCCUUUUUUGGGGGGGGGGGAGGAGGAGGUUCGCUCGCCAGCCCUCCCUCUGGGUCACCUAUUGGCUCCGGCCUCUCGUCUCCCUCUCCCCUCGGAUAGUCACUUGUUUGGGGAGCCAUUAGCUCCCUCCCUCCAGCCCCCGACACGCGCAGCCACACUGGGGAGGUGCGUGGGGUCUCCUCCUCCUCCUCCUCCUUUUUUAAUGGUGUUAUGGGGAGGGGGGGUGUUUCUCUGCCUGACCAUCCUUGCUGUCAAGUGCGCAUUUAUUUCCUAGAGAUGUUUUUCUUCCUCUCUCAUAGCCUCAGUCGCUGCUGCUGCUGUUGCUGUUGUUUUUCCUGGAGGUGGGGGGGGGGGAGAGCGUAAAACAAAAAACGACUCCCUCCUCCAGGCAGAAUUUGGGGAAAGGCUGUCGUACUUGAUACCCGUAAAGAAUAAUAAUAAUGUGCGAUGACAACUUCUUGUUGGGCCGAUUGUUGUUUACCAUGGAAAGCUCUCUUCCAGGAUUUCAAAUACUGGUUGGUGGAAAGAGAUAUUGUUCCACUUGUGCUUUUCCUCUCAAAUGAACAGGGGGGGGGUGUAUGAAAAACACACACACACACUGCCCUGGCUCUCCCGUUGCUGCGCCACCUUUGAGGGGAGGGGACUAGAACAAAGAGCCACAUGAUACCAUCGUUUGAUACAAUUGACAGCAGCUGAUAUUCAGGAACUGUCAUUGUGAGGGGUAAAAUAAUCCGUAUAAAUAUGAUAUUGUUAUAAACCGAGAGAACGGCUGUAGUUGAAAAGCAGUACACAAAUGCUUUUAAAUGACCGUGUCAUUUGUAUGCUUUUAAUUUUACUUUUUUUCAAAAUGUUUUUCAGUUAAGAGAAAAUGAGAUGCCUGGCUAAACAUAAGUAUUUGGCCAUGGGGCCUAUUGGUAAUUGUUUCUAAUUUGAAAGGACUGCAGUUGGAAAACUUUACAUUUAAGUACUGUAGUAGCUGCUGCACAGGGUUUUAAAAUCUAACGUUUACGCAUUUUUGUCACAACCACAUUUUUUUUGGCAUUGAGAUCAAAUGAAGCUAGCUCAAUUUGAAAUAGUUCAAAAUAUGUAAUUUUCAGGUAACAUAGCCACAGCUUUUGGAACAAGAGGUUUGAAGUUUUUAAAAAGUGAAAUGAUAAAGUUUGCUGGACAAAUUACUUAGGCCAUAGCUUUUUUAAUGUUGAUGGGUGCAAUUGGAGCUGUACUCAUUGACAAUGUGAGUGUGUAAAGGUGCUUCAUAAGUCCUAGAAGUAUUAAACGCUAAAUGAAGAGAGGACUAUCCUGGCCUGGAAAUCAUUAAAUGUGGUUCAUUGUAGCCCAUAAGAGAUGGCUGAAAACAUCAGAGGUGCCCUGAUCCAGGUAACUGUAGCUACAGUAUGCUGCUUCAUGUCCAUUGCUGCCCUUUGUACUGCACUCAACACAGCUCAGUUGAAUGCAGUAAUGCAUGUUAGCCCACAGGUGCUGGCCCAUAACUAGAUUUGUACCAUUUCACCCAUCAUCUUUUGCACCUUAGAACAGUAGACAUGCAAGUGGAAGCUCAAUAACACUAGCUUUGGAUUGAGAAUAUUGGCUUGAUAGUUCAUGUCCUGAUCCUAAAUUUAUAUUGUUAACAUAAAAACAUGGCCUCACGUUAGGAGUACUGUAUCUAGCUUUUUCUUUCAGCCUUUCUCAAUGACGUUACAAGACUCCUGAUAAAAUACUUAAAGUUAAAGUUAAAUUGCAAUGAGAUAACAUGGAUAGAAAGCACCCAGAAGUACUUUACUUCCAUGAUUCACAACUCUGAAAUCUGACAACUAAGUGCUUUUAAUGCUGCUCUUUAUAGCAGUCAGUUUGAGUCUUGCUGUUUCCUCUGUGUAUAAAUGGGAGGUGAAAAUAAGUUCCUGGUCUACUUUGUAACAAACACAAGAGAUUGCUUCUGUGCUGAAUGUGGAAUACUAUUAGGAAUAGAUAGUAAGGAGAUCUUAUAUUUGAACAGCAGCAAAUUGGGUAAUCUAGGCCAGAAUAAUAAUUAUAUGCAGUGUGCCUAUUAGGAUGCUUUAAUGUGCUUUAUACAUAGUUUUUUUGGGGUUUUUUUUACCAGCAGUAAGAUGGGCUUCUAUGUUUUCGCUGUGUUCAUAUUUGAUCUAGAUGACAAAGUCCAAAUGAAGAACAACACAACAACAGACACAUGGGUUAAAAUCUGGUGGCCACUGAGAAUACAUGAUCAGAACCAAAAAGCAUUUAAGAACUCCCAUAAGCAGCACAAUAAAGUGAAUUGAAAUGGAACCAGUAUUUUCCCACUGGAGCACAUCACAGUAGGAUAUAUACUAUAUCUGAAUUUAGAAUUGAACAUUCUGGGUCUGUAAUCGGUUUCUGCUGAAAUGAGAGGGCCGAUUGCUUUUGCGCCUACUAAGUAAUAAAUUGAUUUGACUGUGAUUGUUGAAAUUUAUUCUGUUUUAGAGAAAUGCCAUAGCAUGUUUUUCCUGAUGCCUCUUGGUCCACAAGGCCUUUCAGUUGUACGUGUUCCAUCAAGUUAGUCUUUUUUAAAAAUAGGGCACAUUAUUUUUAAGCUUUUUAGUAAUUUGAGAUGAGGUACCCAAUGAUAUUCAGCUUUAGAACUGUGGCUUCAUAUGGAAAAUCAAGUUGGUAUCAAGGAAUAUCAACUUAAAAUAGAAGCAAAUAAAUUUAUUGUGUAUAAAAAGAUUAACACACAUAUCCUUAUGAAAGAUAGUUUAAAAAAAAUUACCUACAACCCUAGGAUGCUACAUAUCCAAAGAAAACAGUCAUUUAUCAAAUGCAGAUGUGCAAACAACUCCUGGUAUCUUAUGCAUUCUUUUCUGAGAAAAUGCCUAUUGGUCUGUAAGUGCUUAGCCUGGAACAUAGGGUAGAUGAGAGCAUCCUACAUGAGUAUUGUAAUAUGAGUAAGUCAUAUUGGGGGACUUAAUGGCAGUGAUAUUAGACAGUAGUAAUUUCAAAAGAAUGAGACUCUAAUCUCAUAGAUUUCACUGGGUCCACUAGCUGUAUGCCAGUCCCCUUGAUCUAGAGAAGUUGGCAAAUAUCAGAGUGAGCACCUGAGUGCAGGUGCUAUUAGCACUGCAUUGUUUUCAAUGGAAUGUUAAUCCUCUCCCUGUAAUAAACUUUUUUAGGAAAGUAAUUACAGGUGCCAGUUUUCACUUGUAUGACAUAGAAGUCAUAGUUUGGAAGGAAUAGACAAAAUGUCCAGGUUGGCAUAAGCUACUGUAUUUUUUGCUCUAUAGGACGCACUUUUCCCCCUCCAAAAAUGAAGGGGAAAUUUGUGUGCGUCCUAUGGAGCGAAUGCAGGCUUUCGCUGAAGCCUGGAGAGCGAGAGGGGUCGGUGCGCACCGACCCCUCUCGCUCUCCAGGCUUCAGGCAGCUAUCUGCAAGCCUUCUGAGCGCGGCGGGAGUUCCCACCGCGCUCCGAAGGCUUGUGGAACGCAGCCUUUUCUCCGCAAGCCUGCUCUCCGCAAGCCUUCUGAGCACGGUGGGAGUUCCCAUGACACAUAUAUUUGCAAAAAGCUUGUCAAGCUGUAAGAUUGGGGGUGUUUUAAGAAUGGCUGAUGUAAUAUAUUAUUAUUUAUUGCCAAAUUUCAUGGACUCCAAAAAAAGUUUCAUGACACCACAAAUCAUACACAUGUCCAGAAUAGUGUCCUUUUGAUGUGGCAGUGAAUUGUGUCUUUUCCAGCAAUUUGGGUGCAAGACACUAUCAAAAGUAUCACUCUAUCAUAUAACAGACAAAAUAUGUAAACAGGAGCUGGAGUUGUGCACCCCACAAUAAGGAGACUGUUUCCUACAAUAUGACAUAAAAUAAACUUUGAGAGUCUCAUUGAGAAUUGUUUCCAGGAGAUGUAGACAUAUAAGUUAUAGUGGCCCAAAGCUGAACUUUGUUCUCUCUCUCUAUUUCAGCAAUUAUUGGCAUUAUUAUAUUAUAAGGACAAGGAACUUAAAAAACUUUGAUUCACCUCAAGUGGUACAGGAGAGUGUCUUCUACAAGAUGACUUAAAAUAUGUCAAAAUAUAUAGAAUAUAGUCAAAAUAUGUAGAAGAGAAUAAGGAACUGGGGGCUGUGUACCCCAUAAUAUAUUUGUCCUACCAGCAAUCGUAUAAAUAAUAAUAAUAAUAAUAAUUUAUUACGGCCGUAGGCCCAUACAGAUAAAAACAAGACAUAAAUAACAGCCUGUGCACAUGGGAAAAAAACAGCCGCUAAAACACUACUAUAACAAUAAGCUACUAUAAGAUGGAAUGGCAUACUACGCCUUAAUUAGCUUGUGGUGCUCCUUGGCGACGCUUUUGGGUAAGGACAGCGACCAGGAACCUAGCCACUUUCAGGGUCGUAUGGGCAUCCUUAUCCUGCAAGAUUUGGGCAAGGUGGAAUUUUGGUGGAGUACCCUCUAAUUUCUGUAUGAUUGAUCCCAACAAGUUUGCCCGUGGCACCUUAAAUAAGGGGCAAGUGAACAUAAUGUGCUGAAGCGACUCCGGCAUCUCCUUAUCACAUUCGCACAUGGCGGAGGUUUGGCCCUUUGAGAAUCUAUGUCUCAGGACAUUGGAGGCAAAAACAUUAAACCUCGCUUUGGUGAAGGCCAGCCUAUGGGCAACAGUCGAAAGGGAGGAGAGGUAUGAUGGAACGCAAUAAGUUAAAGUGAUACCAAUGUUCUGGGGCGAACAAACACCUCCCCCCAGCAUAUAAUUUUGCUGUAAAUCGAUGUCAUCCAGUCUUUGGCGGAUCAGUCUUUGAGCAGUGAUUUGAUCUAGUUUUAGGGAAUCUAAGGGAGAGAUUCCAUAGCUCAGGAGUUUGGCAUGAAUUCUACUGGUCCAAAGGCUGGGGAAUUCAUCUCGCCAUAAGCAUUGGGCAAGGUAAUGGUCUGGUAAUCUAUGCCACAAUGAUAACCAAUAAUUGAAGACUUGCUUCCACAGGCAGGUUUCUAAGGAUGCGAUCCUCAAUUCUAAACGCAUGGCUGCGUUGCUUACGCACAGGGGAGCAUUAGGAGCCGACGUAGGAAUUGGUUUUGCAAAGUCUCAAGAGGAGCAAGGUCUGUCAUCACGACCCAGAGCGGGGCAGCAUAAGCAAGCACGGGAACCACUUUUGCCUUGAACACCUUUAGGGCCGGGGAACAUGCAAAGCUCCAUCCGAAAAGAAAAAUCGGAGGAGCGCAUAUGACAGAGUUUUGGCCUUAUUAAGUAGGUGUUGAAUAUGUGCUUUCCACCCCAAAUUGUAUUGAAAAAUAACUCCUAGGUAUUGAAAUUUUAGGACUUGCUCUAUUUUUGCUCCACCAAGCUUCCAUUCGUAUAAUCUCCGACUUCUGGCGAAAAUCAGAAUCUUAGAUUUAGCAUGAUUGAUGGUUAAUUGGUUGAGUUGACAAUACGUGGCAAAGAUCUUCAGAGCUCUGGUUAGUCCAACACGUGUAUAAGAUAGAAUUACCGCGUCGUCCGCAUAUAAAAGGAGUGGACAGCGGUAAUCCGCUAGUCUAGGCGCAUGUGUACUUGGAGAUGAGUUGACUAGGGGUGCUCGCAUGUCGCUGAUGAAUAGAUUGAAUAGGCAGGGGGCCAAUAUACAUCCUUGGCGCACUCCCUUGUUUAUUGGUAUCGAAUUUGUGAGGUCGCCCGCAGGAGUAAGUCUCACUCUGGCAAGGGUACCUUCGUGGAGCUGACUUAUAAGCCAUAAGAGCCUUCUAUCGAUGCCCUGUUUCGCAAGUUUCUCCCAAAGAAUAUUUCUAGGAACGCUGUCGAAGGCUGCCUUAAGAUCUAAGAAGGCAGCACACAGAUAGCCCCGGGAGGGAGGAGUACUUCCGUGCCAGAUGGUAAAGAACUAUCGCAUGAUCAGUUGUAGAGCGUUUAAUUCUGAACCCUGCUUGUUCGGUGGCCAAUCUGGUUAGUCUCAUCUACCCAUCGCGAUAGUUUCGUCAGCAAAAAGCUGGCAUAAAUUUUCCCUAUGAUCGAAAGGAGGCUGAUGUUACGGUAAUUUUCCGGCUCCAUUGGAGAACCUUUUUAUGAAUUGGUACUAUAAUGGCCUCCUUCCAUAUUUUGGGGAUGAUACCAGAAGCGUUGAUUGCGUCGAAGGUUUUGGCCAAGAUGCCAGCCCACCAUUUUGGGUGUAGUUUGAUGGCUUCAGCAGGGAUCAGGUCGGGCCCUGGGGCUUUGCCCAAUUUCAGCUGGGCUAUUAGCUUGGCUAUUUCGUCAGGAUCGGUGGGAGGCCAAAUAGGUAGGUGGGAGAACAGAUGCAUCAGAUGGUCGGAGGGAGCAUCUGCCUGUGAGAAACAUUUCUUCAGGAACAAUUCCCAUGUCGGUGCAGGGAUGACUGCCCUUGGGUAUUUCCUCACCCUUCUGUUAAUCAGAGACCAGAAUUCCCUGGAUCUAUGUGAUUUUGACAAUCGUAUAAAACAUACUCAAGAUAUAUGUCCUGUAUAAGGUGGCAUAGAUUCUAAUAGGCUUCAUAUUGGGCACAAUAUGUUUUCUAGUGUAUGGGUUCACACCAAUAACUACAAAAGGGUAUAAACUAACUGCUGAUGGUUUGAGUGUAUUUUUUGGGGUGUGGAUAUAUGAUUUGUAGUGAUCUAAAGCUUAUUUUGGGGUGCAUGCCCUCAGUUUCUUGUCCUCAUCUACAUACAGUAUUUUGGCAAUUAAUGCAUUAUGCCAUUAUAAUUUAAUUUAAUAUAAUAGGCUAUUUUAGAAGUCCUCUCCUAUAAGCAUAUUCAAUAUACAUCUCAUUGAAAGCAAUUUAAUGUGGAAGAUGUCACAUAAAGAUGUGUGUUUUGAAAUGUGUCUGAAUUAUGCACAUACAAGCAUCUUGCUCAUACUUGUCUCCUCCAGAUUGUGGAAGUGGCUGCGUUUUCGUGCAUAUGGUAUUUUAUACUUGAUAGAUGUGGCAGGACCAUCUUUCUACAUUGUGAUUCGACAUGGCUGUGGCCAAAUAGUAGAAAUAUACGAUUGUGCCAAACCUAGCUAUGUUGAUGGUUCUUAGAUGUGAUGGUGUCUUGACUCUCUAUCCUCCAUACUGUUUUCAGUGUAAUGCCUUGACUUUAGAUCUAAGAGAAUUACUUUAGUUGAAGUUCAUCUGCCAACACAUUUUUUUCUGUGAAAUUUCAAAUGAGCUACACAGUCAUAUUUGGUUUUUCUGUGUCAACUGGGGAAGGAAAACUUUUGGGUUCUAGGAAGAACUUUUGUUCUGUACAGCAGCUCACUUGACAAUAAGGAAUUACAUUCCCAAGGUUACUAGCUAAGAUGCUUUUGUUGCAUUUAUACAGCACCAUUCUAGUUUUCAGCCUUCUUAUUUCUCUCUUCCUGACCUAUUUCAUUGCUCAUUUGUGCCCCUUUCAUGCCUUAAUAGAUGAAUAGCUUACCUUUUCUGGGUGUCACCAAAUGACAUAGGAACUGCAGAAAAGUAACUCACAACUUACAUGCGUUUAACUUGUGCACAUUCAGCUUUAUGCACUUGACAAAAAAAAUUAAAAAGCGGCAGGCAUCUGGGAAUGAAGACUUUGGGAAUCGCACUCACCAUUGAACCCAAUGUGUUUUGACUAUAUGUGAUUUUCAUUUUACGCACUGUCCCUAGAAUGUAACCCCAGCAUAAGUUGAGAGUCACCUGUAUCUAAUACACCUCUUCCUCUGUGUCCUACACUUUCUUGGUGGUUAAUCUCUAUUUGUCAACCCAUCUAUCCUGACAAUCUCCAAGACUGAGAAUGUUCAGAUGUGCCGUAAGACUUUACUGAUUUAGCCAGUGUUUAGUGAGUGGAAGUAAAUAAGCAGUGGUCCACAAAAUAAAGCACACAGUUCCUUUAUAUAAAGAUAAAUGAACAUGUAAUUGAAGUAUUUUAAUCUUGCUAGGAGAGUUUGUAAGUACUGGAUCUUCAGUGCAUCAUAGGUUAAAUGCAGUGAUUGAGUGAAAUCAUGUUCUAAACUUGCCUUGAAAACAUUUAUAGCCUUUAAAAAUAUUAUUACCUUAUUUUUCGUCCUAUAGGGCGCACCGGCCCAUAGGACGCACCUCGUUUUUUGGGGGGGAAAUGAAUAAAAAAAGAUUAUCCCCCCCCCCCCAGUUGCGGCUGCUGCUGCAAGGCUUGCGGACACCCGCCCGAAGCACGGGGCACCCUCCGGAGGGCGCCCCGUGCUUCGGGCUGCAGGCUGCUGCCCGCAAGCCUUGUGAGCCCGCGGGAACUCCCGCCGGGCUUGCAAGGCUUGCGGAUAGCUUCCUGAAGCCUGGAGAGCGAGAGGGGUCGGUGUGCACCGAUGCCUCUCGCUCUCUAGGCUUCAGCGAAAGCCUGCAUUCGCCCCAUAGGACGCACACACAUUUCCCCUUCAUUUUUGGUGGGGAAAAAGUGCGUCCUAUGGGACGAAAAAUACGGUACUUCAAUCUUAUAAUUAUACUGUGGUCCGUUUCCUAAAGAUAAUUACAUGCUUAUUUCAAUAAAAAGCACACUUUCUUAACUCUAUGAUAAAUCUUUAAUUUUUUAUCUCCUUUUUUUCAUUAUUCAUCCAUCUUCCUUCCAUUCUGUCCAUUGGAGGCUGGUUUAUCCUUGCAGGUGGAAAACAUUUUGACUUUCAAGUAGCAUGCACUUAUGAUUCAAAGGCUGUUGCACUGCAACAUUUUUCAGAACAAAUUUGUUCUGUCUGAUAGGCAACUUAUGAGGUGGUGGAUGGUUAAUGGUAUUAACCUUGAUGUACAACGUAAGGCCAAGUGGACUGGUUUUAUCUCUCCUGGGGGAAUUCCAAAUGCCUUUUGUUUGCAACCUUUUCCUGUGCUUUUUGGGGAAACAAGGCCUGCAAGUAUGUAUCAAAAUUCGAGAUGGGAGAAUGACUACAUCACUAUAUGUACCUUGUUUCUUCCUGAAUUUAGAAGCAUGUUACAGAGUUUGUGACAGUUUUUCUAGCCUCAUACAGCCAGAGCACCUGAGGCACAUUUACCAUAUGAAUUUCUGGGAGAAUGAAAAGCUAGUAUGCUUCUGAAGCAGAACACUGGAAGAAGGGGAUAGGGAUCAGGGAUGUGAAAGAAGUGGCGCAAAACAAGACAGUGAAUAAAGGCAGAACUGAGACCUGGUUGAGAAAAAUAGGGCCUUCAGCAAGACAGUACUGUUACAUUAGAGCUGGGAGUGCAGGAACCUGCAGUGUUGCAGAUAACGAACAGUUGUGGGGUACAGAAAAAGGGGUAAGAUACUGGGAACAAGAGAGUGCACUAUGAGGAGUUCAGACAGAGCUGUGUAGAUGCAGAGAGGAGAUCCCACUGUGAGGUGCAGAGAGAGACAGAAAGUUGUAUGAUAGAUUAAAAAAACAUAUGGAGUUACAAUUUUAACUUAAACUAUUUUUUAUUGUUAACAUAGCACCUGGCUCUCAUGAGUUAGUAGAAAUCUAAAAGUGGCACUCCAAGUGAAUUGUGUGUCUCUGCCCUAAAGUAAUGUUUUAAAAAGAAAAAUCACAUGACACCUGUCUGCCUGGUUAUAGCCUUUUUUAUUUUUUUAAAAAAGGAAAAAGGUUGUGAAACAAUUACAUGCAGCACACAAGGGACUUCAGUGCAGAGGUUAUUACUCAAAAGUUUUAAUUGGAAGUUCAGCCAAAAUCUUCCCAAAGCUCUUUUCAAUUAUGUACAUUACCAUUAACCUCUCUGCAGGACUUGUCGAUUUCUUGACUUUAUUUAGCAGUAUUCAUAUGAGAUGAAUUUAAUGUAUGCAGUAAAAUUUCACUUAAAUAGAUCUGCUUAGGCAAUUGAAAGUUCUGCAUCCCCAAGUUCAAUAAAAAGUGCCUUUCAGUGUAACCUCUCUAGCAGAAAAUGAAAUGUAAUGCAUCUUGGUUAGAUAGCCGUCUAGACAUUGUGUUUUAAAACACUAACUGCACAGGACUGGUAAAUGCUGUGAAGCAGAACCUUUCAGUUUGGGAUGAGUUUGAGGUUUGCCAUGAGAGAAGUCUGCAUAUGAUGAGGAGAAAGGAGAGCAUUGUAUUAGGUUAAGUGGUAGGAUUUGAAUUUUGGGUGCCUUUGCCCUGGAACCUGCAGACCUCAAAAUAUCCUGCCCUAAUAGUCCAAUAGAAUAUUCAAGAAAUAAUAUGAUGGCUUUUGACGUUCAACAGACUGGUUCCCCAGCCUUCCAGUGGACUAACAUAUUCUAGAGCAGCUUACUUUAAUUGCCAGCAUGAAUUGAUUGAUUUUUAUUUUAUUUAGCAAAAUUAAUUGUAUACUGCUUGAUCGUUUUAUUUUUGUAAACCACUUAGCAGUUCUACUGGCAAACAUCAAAACUGUCAAGAGAAUACAAAGUUAAAUCAGGUAUUUUUAAAAAUUCAAAAUGGAAAUAAAAUAAGCAGUUAAGCAAUAAAAAUAGAUUAAAACACAUGUCAGCUUCUACAUAUCUGGAUAGGCUUGUCUGAACAGAAAUGUUUUUAGCUGGUACUGAAAAGAGUAAAGUGAAGCCUCCUGCCUGAUGUCAAUAGGCAGGGAGUUUCAAAGUGCAGGUGCUGCUAAACCUAAAGACUGAUUUCUUACAAGUGCAGAAUGAAUGUUUUGUGAUGUUAGUCCUGCAGAUCAAAGUGGUCAGGUAGAUAUAUAGGGUAUGUUGAUCGCUCAGGUAAAUUCGUCCUAAGCUAUUAUAUGCUAUAGUAUAUGCUAAUAGUAACACCUUGAAACUUGCUUGGUAACAAAUAGAGAAGUAGUGCUAUAUGUUGACAAUGUCUCUCUUCUGCCAGCAACUUUACUGCAUCAUUCAGCACUAACUGCAGUUUCCAGUUCAAGCUCAAGGGAAGACCCACAUUGAGUACAUUGCAGUAAUCCAGUUUUGAAGUUACUAAUGCUUGAACUGGGAUGCGGGUGGCGCUGUGGGUUAAAUCACAGAGCCUAGGACUUGCCGAUCAGAAGGUCGGCAGGUCAAAUCCCUGCAACGGGGUGAGCUCCCAUUGCUCGGUCCCUUCUCCUGCCAACCUAGCAGUUUGAAAGCAUGUCAAAGUGCAAGUAGAUAAAUAGGUACUGUUCCAGUGGGAAGGUAAAUGGCGUUUCCGUGUGCUGCUCUGGUUCGCCAGAAGCGGCUUAAUCAUGCUGGCCACAUGACCCGGAAGCUGUACGCCGGCUCCCUCGGCCAAUAAAGUGAGAUGAGCGCUGCAACCCCAGAGUCAGCCACGACUGGACCUAAUGGUCAUGGGCCCCUUUACCUUUACCUUAAUGCUUGAACUACUAUGGAAAAGUCCUCCCUGGCUGUAGGUGUUGUACAGGCUGCAGUUGGUAAAGCACACUUCUAGCCACUUAAGUUGCCUGGGCCUCCAGUAACAAAGAUAGAUCCAGACUGCAAACCUGUUGCUUCAGAGGGAGUGCAACCUGUCCAGAGCUGAUCGGUUUCUCAGACACGAGAACCACUCACCUACACAGUCUCUUUGAUCUCAAAACUGUUUGCUACUUUGAUCUUAAAAUGACUUAAGAGAACAUAUCCAUGAAAUAAAAGAAAAUGCUUCAGAUGUAAUAACUGAGUAACUGAGUUCACUGUGGAAGAACCUCCAGCUGGCUUAACUGAAACUUUUGCCAUUGCCUCCUCUGCUCCCAGAACCAAUUCCAUUCACAUCUGCUCUGUCUCAUUGAAGCAGCAGGAGAGGCAAGACGGUGUACGUAACGCCAUCAAUUGAACUGACUGGGACCAGCUGCCAUUUGGCUCCUCCUCUCCCAGAACUGUUUUGUUCACUGAUUCUGACAUCCUUGUCUAUGGCACAGUGGGUCAGUGCGGCUAGCUGCUAACCACAAUAUUGGCAGAUACAGGCCACUCAGAGAUGGCUGUGGGCAGGAUUGCAAGGGGUUGGACUAGAUGACCCUUGGGGUCUCCUUCAGCUCUACAAUAAAAUAGUGGACUACUAAAUUUGCUUAUUUUCAUCCCCAUCUCUUUUUGUACUUGUAUUGUAAGCCACUAUUAUCAUUGUGUGUUAUCAUGGCUAGUUGGACAGAAAGCUGCUAUUUAUAAAUAUAGUUCAUAUUUAUAGUUCAUAAAUAUAUUUAUAUUAUAUUUAUAGUUCAUAAAUAUAAAUAACUGGUUACUCUAAGUCUGAUAGCUCUUUAUUUUCUCCUUAACUUGCAGUGGUACGCUGGCAUUGCCCAUGUCCAGAAAGCAGCAUGCAAGAAGAAUAAGUUGUUAACUGGGAAACAAGGCACUCAGCUCUGAUUAGAUACAUAUAAAGAUGGUUUAAUUUUGCAAUAUGUUCCAAGAAGAGUGAUAAGAAGAAGAAAAAGAAGGUAAGGUCAAUGUGAUGUAGAUCUUGUAUGUGUCCAAGUAUGGAGUUGGCAUUUCAAAUGUGACUUGUACUUGAUACGGUAAACUACAAGUGCAUAGUAAAAAAUUCAUCCCUUCUCAGACAUCAAGCUAGAGAGAGGUUAAAACUAGCUGUUUUGUCAGUACGUGGCUGAGGAACUCUGAGAACCUUGGCUGCCCACUGCCAAAACAAGCUCCAUUCUUUUGUUCUGUCUUCAGGUGGGGAGGGUGGGCUGGCUUUUGAAAAUGAGCAGCUGAGGUAUUUGGAGUAAGUGGGCAGGCCAGCACUGUAGAAGCCCCUUCUGCCUCGCUACAGCUGUAAGCUAGAGAAUGAAAGGGAUUGUCUCUGGUCAUCUGUGAAGAUGCUGUGUGAGGUUGGGGACUAAAGCUGCAAUCCUUAAAAGUUCUUACUUGGCACUAAGCACUACUGAAUGCAGGGAUUUACUUCUGAGUAAAUUCAUAAGAAGGUGGUAAAGGGGAGUAGGUGAAUGUUUAACUGUGUUUCUGGUGCAUUUUUUUUUACUUAUUUUGGUUUUCUGUACACUACAAUAUUUUAAAAUGUGAGCCAUCUUAUAAAUCUUUAAAAUAAAUAAAUGUUUCUGGCAAUCUCAUGUUUUUGUUUGAUUACAGGGGCCAGCCUAAACUUGUUGAACUCUGUUCCCUUGCUAAACAAAUGCUUUUGUACUGUUAAUGGGCAUUAUGAGGCUCUCAAUGCAUGCUGUCACUUUUUAAUUGUGGAAUUACUCAGGUGUACCAAGUUCUCCUUUUUCUACUUGGUUUCCCAACCUGCUGGGACACCCAAGUAAGUGGAUAUAGGAUUGCAGACUUAGUCUAUGUGUUGCACAAACCUUCACACAAAAUCUCACCUUGGAAUUUGUAAAAUCCAGAAUACAUAAGCCAGAUUUUUUCAACCUUUUUGUGUCCACGGCUCCCUUGACCAACUGCAUUCUUUCUGUGGUACCCCUGUGGGGCUCAGAAUCCCAGUUAUGUCACCCCUUGCCUGCAGAGCUGGCAGCCUCUCACCCUUUUUUGAACACCCUCCCUUGUGGAGUGUUCCCUCAGCCUCCUCUCCUCUCCACUCUCCUUGGGAGUCUUCUGGGCAGCUGCUGCUGCAGCCCUUAGUCUCUGAGCUGCCCCCCCUUCCCCAAAAGGAGGUGCCUCCUCACACUGCCCCACAGGGGUCUGGGAAGAGGAUGCCCCCAGCCUUAGUGGCUCAAUGGAGACUGGCCAAAUGUGAACCUGAGGCCUGCACCUUACCUUGGAAGCCAGCCCCAGAGGCACCAUUUGCUUGCGGAGGUUAUAGCCAGGGUUGCUACAACAAACAGUUGUGCAAGCCUUUGGGAGGCAGAGAUGCAAGAGGGCAUCAGAGGAAGGAGGGAAGGAAAGAAGGCCAGAGGCCAGUGUUGCCGUGGCACCCCUGACCAUCAUUCAAGGCACCCCAGAGUGCCAUGGCACACUGGUUGAAAACCACUGACGUAAGCAGAUAACCAUGGUUUUCUAUUCCUGAAGUCACAUGUUCAGACAUCCUAGAUGAAUCAAGCAACUGUUGACUGAAUUUUGUUAAAUAAAUACAGUAGACUUGGGCUAAAAUCUUAAUUCAAAUAUCUUUCUGGCCUUGUGUUUGCGAAAUCCAAACAUGUAAUCAAGAUUUGGGACCCAGAUCCUCUGACUUAACUGUGUCCAAUUUUUUGAUGUGUGAUAUUGUGCUGUGCUAUAUGCAAAAAGUAGGGAAUCAAGACUGACCAAGGCCAAACACUCUUUUGUACAGAUUGUGAUGGUUUCAUUAAUUCUUUGACAAAAAGCCAUGACAUUUGUUCACUUCACUGUCAUCUCAUCAAAAAUUGGAAGGAGCAUGAUUGACACUUGUUUUAUUUAUACACAUAUGCAGAAUAUACAAUCUACUGAAUGUAAGCAACAUGCUUCAAAUAAAUAAAAUGCCUACAAGAAUAAAAAGUUGCAGUAAUACAGAUGUUAUAAACUCCUUGGAUGGGGAGUAUGGGGAAAUAAGGAGAUCUGUGCUUAUAGCACUGAAAAUACAUUAAAAUGAGUGCCAGGCAGGCCCAUCUGGGGAAGGAAUUCAAGUAAAUAAAAUGCAAUAAGAAGGCCAUUUCUCUACUUGCCAUUUACCUGAGAUGGCAGGGUAACUAGAGAAGACUUUUGGUGCAUGGGCAGGUUGAUGCAGAAGCAUGUUCCUUCAAGUAUUCAGGUCUCAACCUCUGCAGGGCUUUAAAGUUAAGCACCAGUGCAGUAAAUUGGCUCUACAAACAGACCAGUAGCCAGUAGAGAUCUUGACGCACAGACAAGAUAUGAUCCCAAUAACGAGUCCUGGUUAGUACCAAAAACAGCUGCUAAGAUACUAAUGGCAGCUUCUGAGCAGAAAGCCCCUGAACAAGGUACUGUGGUAGUAUAGCAAAGUUACUGUAGGUAGGCUGUAUCUCUCCAGGAGGGGCUGCAUCUGACAUAGCUGGUGGAAGGUACUCUAUACCAUACUGGCCCUGCACUGAUGAAGAUGGAUCUGUGGGCACCCCUGUCCAGAACAGAUGACACAUAGGAACUACUACCACCAUUUACAUAUUCUCAGUUUAUUCAUCAUCAUCCAGCCCCACCCCCACCCGUGAUCUCAAGUAUCAAUUUUAAACUUCAUUGCCUAACUUCAAUCAGAGGCGAGGGAGCUGAAUGUUUCAUGCAGAUAAUUAGGGACCAGAUAGGACCCUAUAGUGUAAAUUCCUAGGGCUUAGCAGUAGUCACCCAGCACAAUGUUCCAGAAGUUCCAUGUUACUUAACCAAGCACUAGAAGUGGUGAUCAGAGGCAAAGUAGUUAUGGAGGACAGCUGUCUUGGUGUUGAAACUUUAAUAUGCAAUUUUGUUUCACCUUUUCUCUAGUGUGGUACUGUAAACUAUCAUAUUUGCAUCCUGUCGUUUAUAUAUAUUAGGUUGCUCAUUUACUUCAUUCUUGUAGAGUGAGCUUCAUGUGCAGGCAGCAGCUUGAACCCCUAUCUUCCAGCCCAUAUUUUCUGCAGCACACUGAUUGUCAUUGCAGAUUGAUAUUUUGUUUUGUCUGUAUAUGAUGCAGUUCAUGUACAUUUUUGUAGCUUUUUUCAGUUGUUAUAAACUGUUUAGGAUAAAGUCCUGUGGUUAAGCAAAGUAGGCUAACAGUAGGUCCUGCCAAAUUAUGAUACUUUUGUUGUUCUCUAGGAUGGCCGGUUGCGGUGAGAUCGAUCACUCAAUCAACAUGCUUCCCACAAACAAGAAGACAAAUGAAUCAUGUUCCGGUGCAGCACCAUCUCUCAUGGUCCCUGAAUGUGCUAUCUGUCUGCAAACAUGUGUCCACCCUGUGAGUCUGCCUUGUAAACAUGUCUUCUGUUAUCUGUGUGUGAAAGGAGCUUCCUGGCUGGGAAAGAGAUGUGCACUCUGUCGUCAGGAGAUCCCGGAGGACUUUCUUGAUAAGCCAACCUUACUGUCACCUGAGGAACUCAAAGCAGCCAGUAGAGGCAAUGGGGAAUAUGCCUGGUACUAUGAAGGCAGAAAUGGAUGGUGGCAGUAUGAUGAACGUACCAGUAGGGAGCUGGAAGAUGCCUUUUCCAAAGGUAAAAAGAGCACUGAAAUGUUAAUUGCUGGGUUCUUAUAUGUGGCAGAUCUAGAGAACAUGGUUCAGUAUAGGCGAAAUGAGCAUGGACGUCGCAGGAAAAUAAAACGGGACAUAAUAGAUAUUCCAAAGAAGGGAGUGGCUGGGCUUAGGUUGGACUGUGACUCUAAUGCUAUCAAUCUAGCAAGAGAGAGCUCUGCUGAUGGUGCAGACAGCACACCAGCUCUAGGAGCUGCUGCUGGGCAGCCUCUAGCAACUGCUUCUGUUAGACCCCUUCCUUCACUAGAUGGUCAACCGACAAGCCCUGCAACGCCAUCACCUGAUGCAAGCACUCUAGAGAACUCUUUUGCCAACUUGCAAAUAAAUGGAGACAGUAUGGUUGAAAGGAGCCAUAGGGGUGAGGGAGAGGAAGACCAUGAAUCAUCGUCUUCUGGUAGGGUGCCAGUUCUUGACACCUCCAUUGAGGAAACAGAAUCGGAUGCUAGCAGCGAUAGUGAGGAAGUGUCUGCCCAACUUCAGUUGCCUGUAUCCUCUGCUCAGCAGAGACAUCUGAAUGCAAGUCAGCCAGCCUUGGAUAGACCAGUGGUGGGGAGUGGGGUGGGAAGCACCAGUGUAAGGUCUAGAAGGCCUGAUGGACAGUGCACAGUAACUGAAGUUUAAAUCUAGAGCCAUGUUUUGAAAACUCAGUCUUGUAUAUGUACAUUUUGUCUGUAUUGGCAUUGCAUUCCAGCCUAGCAAUGUAUUCAAAGUGUUUCAGGGUGGGAGGAGGGGAAAGGGAAAACCAAGCCUGGUCCUUGAACUUGUAAGAAAAUCUCUUAAUGUCUUGGCUGGAAGAUUCAAUGUUUGAAUGAAGAAAAAAAUAAAACCCUGGGGUGUGUUAAUGGUUUGACAGCUACUUAGCAAUACCCAGUUUCGUAAAUGUCUCACGUUUUAUUUUGUAGUAUAUGCUCAUCCCCAGUAAAACCCUGUCCCCCUUUUUGACCAGUGUAUAUUCACUGUACAACUUGGAAAUGUCAUCAUUCUUCAUUGCAUUAA